GGUUCAACGGGCUGGCGAGGAAGGCUGGGGAAAGCGCCGAGGCCGAAGGGGAGCCGACGGCACUGCCCACGCCGGCAGAGCGGGAGGCCGAGGCUCGCUUCGUGAGCACGGCGCCCACGCUGAAGCUCCUCAACCACCACCCGCUGCUGGAGGACCUGCUGCACGAAGCCUUCCUGAAGAAGGACUACCUGGGCCAGCUCCACUUCGAGAAGGUCUCGCUGGCUGAGGAUGAUGACAGGCUCAUCAUCCGCAAUGGCAACAACGUGGAGUCGCCGCCAGUGUACGACUCCUACGAGGUGGAGUACCUGCCCAUCGAGGGGCUGCUCAGCACCGGGCGCCACUUCUUCGUGGAGCUCACCACCGACAGCAGCGGGGCCGCUGCGGGCAUGGCGCUGCGCUAUGAGGCCUUCGAGCAGGGGCAUUGCUACGAGCCCUUUGUCAAGUACGGGAAUUUCACGGCCAGCGACCCCCGGUACCCUGUGGGCACCACGGUGGAGUUCACCUGCAACCCCGGCUACACGCUGGAGCAGGGCUCCACCAUCAUCGAAUGUGUUGACCCCAGCGACCCGCAGUGGAAUGAGACGGAGCCAGCGUGCCGCGCGGUGUGCAGCGGGGAGCUGACGGAUGCAGCCGGCGUGGUGCUGUCGCCCAACUGGCCGGAGGCGUACGGCAAGGGCCAGGACUGCAUCUGGGGGCUGCACGUGGAAGAGGACAAGCGCAUCAUGCUGGACGUCCGUGUGCUGCGGCUGGGCACAGGGGACGUGCUGACCUUCUACGAUGGGGACGACCUGACGGCACGCAUCCUGGGCCAGUACACGGGUGCCCGCGGCCGCUUCAAGCUCUACGCCUCCACUGCCGAUGUCACUGUCCAGUUUCAGUCUGACCCCGGUGCCGGCACCUUUGCCUAUCGGCAAGGCUUUGUCAUCCACUUCUCCGAGGUCCCUCGUAACGAUACCUGCCCUGAGUUGCCGGACAUCGCCAAUGGCUGGAAGACGUCCUCGCAGCCAGAGCUGCUCCAUGGCACCGUGGUCACCUACCAUUGCUACCCCGGCUUCCAGUUGGCCGGCACCGACCUCCUGCUCCAGGGGAAGCCAGCCCUGCAGCUGCCCCUUGCCGGCUCCCACCCCUACGACCACAUCACCGUGGAGUCGGCUUUCGACAACCCCACCUACGAGACCGGAGAGACGAGGGAAUAUGAGGUGUCCAUCUAG